AUGAUGAGGAGGAGGAGGAGGAGGCAGAGGAGGAUGCAGGUGAAGGAAAAGGGAAAGACGAGAGUGCUUUGAGUGUUGGUGAUUCCUUGGAGGGCGAGACUGCUGAACCGAGUCACAGUAAAGGGCCACCUGAAGAGAAAGAUACAAAAGUUGCUGAGGAUGAGACAAGUAGACCUGAAGAGACGAGUAUGGAGGUGGACGAUGCCAAAGAGGUGUCCGGCACUAAAGAAACGGACGCUGCCGCAUUGAAGGGAGACACGAAAGUGGAAGUCCCCGAAUUGAAAACGGACGAGAAAGUAGCUAAAGAGACGAGCGGAGAGCUGGCAGAAUCCAAAACAGAAUCAACAGAAAAUGAUAAAGAUAAAGAUGUUAAAGAUGCUAAAGAGGAUAAGUUGAAUGAGGAUUUCACCAGUUUAAAGGCGAAAUCUGAGAAAAGCGAAAAAGAGGAAGAAACUACUACUGCUACUACUACUACUUCUACUUCUGCUUCUGCCAAUGUAGUUGUUGAUCUUGAAGGAGAUGAAGCGAGCAAGGAGCAGAAAGCUGAAGGGGAGGAGAAAUCUGAAGACCAGGCUAAGAAAGCUGAAGACGGUAGGAUAUCUCCCCGCCGUACUAGGAGUCAAAACAAGACAAAGAUGAUCCCAGCCUCCUACCUUGAAGAUAUUGAUCUGGAUGAGGAAGAGGAGGAGGAAGACUAUGACCUGCAGAUCACUUCAGUGUCUGGCAAACUAGAUAUCAUGAAAGACAAACAGUUGCUUAAACGUUCCUCUUCAAAACUCUCACGUCCUGAUGGCUCUUCAGCUAGAUCACAAACCUCCACAGAUAAAUUCUCUUCCAAGUCUUCCCCCUUGUCAAAAACCUCACAGAAAUGUAUAGUAUGUCAUAAGAUCGGUAAAUGCAAAUAUAACAUUGUCCGAAAUGGUGACAAUAAACAUUUGUGCGACGACGAGUGUUUCCGACAAUUCCGAGUGAGUCCGACUGUCUAUCUCCGCAGCAUGUCACCAGUAAAUGCUUCGGCGUCUAGUUCCAUAUCGGUGGCAUCUUCGAUGGAGCAGGCGACACCACACUAUAAGAUUUGCAGUGUCUGUCAGCUAAUGAACAUAAACACCAAUAAACAUUUCCUCAAUUGGCAAGGAUUGGACUUCUGCGGUGAGGAAUGCCUCGGUAAAUUCCAAAGCAGUUUAGGAGGUACAUGCUCCUUCUGUGGAUCACAGGUUCCUCCUUCGGCAAAAGCUAAAUAUUGCCUGAAACUAGGUACGGAGAUUAAACAAUUCUGUGGCACCCAGUGCCACGCCCAGUUCAAAAAGAGACUUAAAGUUUGUUGUUACUGUCAGAAGGAUCUGACUAAUGUUUCUGAUUCCUUUAUGGCCCCUGUUGGCUGGGAGCAGGGAGUGUUCAAGGACUUCUGUAGCCCGUCUUGUCUACAGAAAUAUGAAGCUUCCCAAUACCCCCUACCUCCCCUUAAUAGACUGAAUGAUGUCCAGAGAAACGCGAAACUUUCACAGAAACAGGGCCCAUCUGCAGUUGGCCACCAACUCAAACAGCUCCCCACUCACAAGACGGCAACUCAAAAGCUUUCAAACCCAUAUCACUCACUGCGAAGGUUAAGUGAACCAGCCAGUAGUCCUAGUAGUGCAGGUGGACAACGCCCACAGACUUCCACCAGCCUGAAAUCAACUACACAAGUGCCAGUCAUAAUUAGUUCUCAAAAUACAUCUCAAAAGACGUCUUUGAGUGUUGUUUCUUCUGGUGGUGGCAGCAGUAAUAGCAGCAGCAGCAGUAGUUCCUCUGCUGGCACCAGUACCGGAGAUAUCGGUAGCCUCACAGCAGCAGCAGCAGCGGCAGCACCGAAUGGUGGUAACCAGCAGAUUAUCAUCCAGCCCACACCUCCAAAACAAGUGAAAAACAAAUCCCUGCUCUGCAAGCCGUUUGUACAGACCAAAGCCACAUCCUGCCGUCCUCACACUCAAUGCAAAGAAGUACAGACUGAAGGAGAGCCUGAAGCCAAGACACACAUUCUUCCUGUUCCAGUACCUGUCUAUGUACCCUUGCCUCUACCCAUGUACAAUACUAUCUCACCGUUCAUGUUCCCUGUGCCCAUUCCCAUACCAGUUCCAUGUUUCAUACCAACUACCAAAAAGUCAGCAUCCAGUAUAUUCAAGCAUAUUAAAGAAAUCCAGGAAAAAAUUCCUGCAGAUCCAUUUGAAGCGGAAUUGUUGAUGAUGGCUGAGGCUGUAGCCCAUUCUGAACAGUCAACCAGUGAUGAAGAUGAUGGCUUAGAUACUGCUGAUGCUGCUGCUGCUGCUAUUGAUGGCAAUGACAAAGUACUGAACACCAACGAGGACACUUUAACAGUAGCUUCUAUUACACCUCAAUGUGAAGACACGACAACUGCAGCCAAUACCUGCAGUAAAGACUUUGAUGACGAUGUCCUUCAGAUGUCCCUCAAUAUAACUGCUGCUGAAAUACCUGAGCCAUCGUUAGACUUGGAGUCUUUUUUAGAAUUUGCUCCACCACUUGGUUCCUGUAAGUAAUUUAAAGUCUUUGUU